AUGAAAGUAAAGAUUAAGAAAUGGAACGCCGUGGCGUCGUGGUUGUGGGUGGCCAAUGAUGAGAGCUGUGGGAUCUGUAGACAGGCUUUCAAUGGUUGCUGCCCAGACUGUAAAGUGCCAGGAGAUGAUUGUCCACUGGUCUGGGGUCAGUGCUCCCAUUGUUUCCACAUGCACUGCAUUUUAAAAUGGCUCAACUCACAGCAAGUCCAGCAGCAGUGUCCCAUGUGUCGACAGGAGUGGAAGUUUAAAGAAUGA